AUGAAUUAAAGACCAAAAUUCUAAUUAGAAAACUCUUUCCUCACCCAUCCUCUUCCCCUUUCUUGUUGUAUCCUAAAUAAAUUUGAAACUCAAAUCAUUACUGCAGGUUACGAUUAAACAUGCAGGAUAUUCAAUAUUGAAAGUGGAGCCAAAUUAAACGAAAUGUAAGGACAUAGUAAUGUAAUCCAAUGUAUUGAAAUCGAUUAGAGCAAAGAUGAUCUAAUGGCAACAGGCUCGUUUGAUCACACCAUCAAAUUAUGGAGACCCAAAUCAGGAAUUUGUGUUGAAACACUCAAAGGACAUGAUGCUGAAGUCAUGUGUUUAUCAUUUGGCCACAAUAAUAAAUUGGCUUCUGGUUCAAUGGAUUCAACUUGCAAUGUCUAUGAUAUAGAAAAAUUCAAAAUUUUACAUACAAUCAAAGAUCACAAGAUUUCAAUUGUUGGUGUCAAGUUUCAUGAUUCUAAUGUGUACACUGCUUCCUUUGAUGGAUAAAUUUCAGUAAAUGAUACCAAAACAUUUAAGCAAAUUAUUAAAUUACAAGAUGACAGCAAAGAGAUAUUCUAAAUGACUAUAGAUCCUUAAGGAAAGUAUCUUGGAACUAUUAGUGGGAAUAAAUAAUGCAAAAUCUGGGAUCUUAAGCACCUGAAUAAGCCUUUAUAUACAUUGACAGGACACACUUAAGAUUUGACAACAUUUACAUUUGAUUAAUAGGGAACUAGAGUUUUGACAGGAUCAUAAGAUUCAACUGUAAUUUUAUAUGAAGCUUCUACUGGUAAGAUGAGUUAAAGGUUUUAUGGUCACACAGAUGAAAUAGUCAAAAUUGUUUAUACUUAGAAACACGAGGUUCUUACAGCUAGCACUGACAAGACUGCUAGAUUAUACACAAUAGAUGGUGUUUGCUAAUAGAUUUUUGAGGGAUAAGAGGACGGACUUAUGACUCUUUUAGUAGAUUCAAAAGGAAAGAUAGUAAUCACUGUAGGAAAAGAUUCAACAUGUCAAGUGUGGAGAUUAUGA